AUGGACGACACGCGUGCAAGCUGGAACGACGAAAAAGGCGCUACGUGGCUCACCGAAAUGAUACAUCAAGCGCAUGUUCUGGGAAAGAGCGCACACAGCGGCAAAAAGCUCAACGCCACGCACAAGCUCAAGUACAACGUACAACAACUGAAAGGAAGACAUGCGGAACUCAAGAAGCAGUACUCUGUUGCAUCCCAAAUGGUCAAGCCGUCGGGAAUCGGCUUCGAAGCAGUGACGUGUCGCUUUGUGUGUACGGAGGGCUCGUGGGCCCAUUUCCUUCGCGAUAAGCCAAAGAAAUGGGCACUGUGGGAGACUAAGCGUUUCCCUCAGUACCCGCUGUGUCAAGCGCUGUACGACGGCACUUUGGCGACUGGCGAGUUCGAAUCUUCAUCGACUCAAGCUGCGAAUCAUCGUCAUCACCACGAAGACGACUCAAGCGACGAAUUCGGUGACGACCCACCAUCCUUUGUGAUGCCAAGUGUGGAAGAGAAAGAAGAAGAUGACACAGGCAACGCAUCGGACGACAACAACCGAGGUCGUCGGUCAGUUCAGACGCCGAACCAAAAGCCUGCGAAGCGCGUACGGCAAUCCUUGGCUUCUGUAAUGGUGGCCGAGAUGCGUGCAUUUCGCGAAAAUGGCAAGGAAGAGCUGGAUGUCAUGAAGAAGGGUUUGGGCUCCAUUGACGAAGAAAACAAGGCAACGUCCCCAGUUGAAGCGGCGAUGGAUGCCCUCCACGAUGAGUUCGAGUACUUGCUGGGGGCUGCCGACCUGUCGUUCGCCUACGAAGUCCUUGAGAAUCCAGCGAAGGCAGCCCAAUUUGUGCGCAUGCGUGGCGAAGCACGUGAAGUCUGGUUGCGGCGUCAUAUUCAAACGAAAGCUCGUGAACACGAACGCAUUUUUGGGGGAGGUCAGGAGUAGGUAGUUAAAUCAACUAACGUAGAUGGCCAAUUUAUGGUGCA